CACAAGAAGCAUUCACAAUUAUUUCAAAUGCUCGACUCCCUGCUCGACUCUAUUUAUGGUGGAUGGUCACCAUAACUUGGCAUAAGAAUACUAUUAUUGGGAGUCCUGUACAGAAUUGGAAUCACUGCGUCUAUUUAUGGCUAAACGCUUCUAUUUAUGGUGGUGGUGGUGACAGCAAAAAUACCAGAAGAGCCUCGGGAUUCCCCGGCCCCCCAUGGGAGUGGUCAUGGAUUCUACAUUGUAGUAGCUGAUCGAAUCUCUGCGUGGACGUAGAUCUACCUGUCGGCAUGUCAUUGUCUACUUCUACUUUUUAGCAGUAGUGCCGCAGGGUGGUGAACUACUCGAAGUCAGAACAGAAUCACUGCUGCUAGCAAUAUUGAGAGAUGGCUGUCGUAAGGACUUUCCCAGCACCAAAAGUCAAGAAUCCGUUCUACCAUCACAUACAAUGGACUCCUUCCCUCGUGAUCCAGACCAUUAUAGGUGCUAUUUUCUUGCUACCAUUGCGUGCCCUGCUGCUGUUAUCCGUCGUUCCCUUCGUCACUCUGGUUGGUUUCAUUGCAUCUUAUGGAUACAGUGGUGAGCCGCAUCACCACCUGAAGCCCUGGCAAAGGAAGCUGGUUCAAAUCUUCUUCCCACUGCUAGCACGACUUGGUCUGCUAGGUCUUGGUUACAAUUGGAUACAUGUGAAGGGCAAGAGGGUUCCCCAGUCAGUUGCGCCCAUCUCGGUGCUGGCACCUCACACGCUAUGGGCAGAUGGACCAACAAUGAUCUGCUACGCGCUCGGCCAAGUGUUGAGUCGAGCAGCCAACAAGCACAUCUUGAUGCAGAGAGAGAUUCUCAUGUCAGUUGAGUCAAUCUUUGUUACACCAGGGGGUGCUGGUCAGAAGCUGCUGAGUAGUCACUUUGAAGCACCGGGUCGUUACAUACCGCUGUCGUGCUAUCCAGAAGGUACAACGCACUGCGGUGACGGACUUCUGGCCAUGAAGCCAGGCGUGUUCCGUGUCGGCCUUCCUGUUCAGCCUAUAUUUUUUAACUUUGGACCACGUGACCCAGGCGUGUCCUUGUGGACUUAUGAUGGACUUACAACAAUACCAACAUUGCUUAUGAGCAUGUGUCAGUUUCACAUGACUGCUACUAUUGAGUAUUUGCCUGUCUACAAUCCGUCAGCAGAGGAAAAGGCUGAUUGUGAUCUUUACGCAAAGAACUUCCAGAAACACAUGGCCAAGUUAAUUGGCCGACCAGCAACGGACUAUUCAGCAGAGGACGGACACCUGACAGCGGCAGGUGUGAAGCAUGGACUGCCCGCCCACGCAGGUGCUAUCCAGUAUCCGCUAUUCAGAAGUGCUUUCGGGUUUAACUUGGCCUUCUGCAAGGAGCAGGUGAAACGCUUCGCGGCAAUUAAUUCGCGCAAAGACGGCUUCAUCACGGCGAGUGAGAUGCAAAGCUAUUUCCACUGGCCCAUUGAGGAAGAUUGCAGGCGACUCUUCAGCUACUAUGCUACUAAUGCGCAGCGCCGGGACCGCAUCACAUUUCCUGAGUUCCUGGCUGGUCUGGGUGACCUAGUUGUACCCUUAGGCACAGGCAAUGCAUUGUCAUCAACAACACCACCUAUCGAUCAGCAGGCGUUCACGCUGCUGAGUGGAGGAAGUGACACGAUUACCGGGGAAAGUGUGCGAGCAGCCAUUCCCGCUGCCACGCGAUUGUCGGAAAGUGACCUUGAGAGAUUCGUCCAGCGUCUUGUCGGUGAGAGGUCAUCAUCUGCCUCGUCCUGCCAAGAUUCGUUCAAUGCAACUCUCGAGCACGAUCCGGAACUGCGAGUUCUCUUGCAAUGGUUGGUGCAUGGCGUAAGCAGCUAUCCCAGUGCCGAAGCCACAGCUGCUCACUAAUAUGCAGGGAAUUCCCAACAGGCUUUGAUGCUGUCCUUCUUUUCGUGGUGGAGGCCCUGCAAUCAACUGGAGCACAGUUAUUGUUCCAACUUUCAUUGGCCCGCUGAUCGGUCUAAAUUAGACACUCAACAUUCCUGGUUUCCCUUGGACACUCCGCUCCUGCCCUAACAAGAAUGUGUUAACGGUUACCUGUAUUGCCUUGCCUAUUGGACCUUGGACAAUGUCUUGUGUUCUCUCUCCUUUUUUUUUAACUCACGAAAGUGCUAUUGGAGAGAGAAAAAUUGCUGCGAUGUGGAGUUUUGCCACAUUUUCAAUUCUUCUUCUCUGUAUAUGCCAGCUUUGACCAGUUGUUUUAUUAUUUAUACUGUAGAAUGUCAUGCAGAUGACGAAAUUAUCAUAAUUAUUAUAUUUAUUGACUUGUUUGCCAGAGUCCACAGUCAUCAUGUAGAUGGGUAUUUGUUCUGCCAAUCUCAAUAUGCAUCUCUAUCAUGAUGUACUACGCAGAUUUCUAUAAUUAUAUGAGCAUAUAGCUGGCGUACAGAAUGUGUCAGUUGGUCAUUAAUCAAGAGUACAUAGACGGUUUAUGUACACGUGUUAUUAUCAAUGCCCCACUCGGGCGUGUAGCUGUACUAUCUUUCCAAGCAGCUCUCAUCCCACUCUCUCUCUCUCUCUCUCUCUCUCUCCCUCUCUCUCUCCCUCUCUCUCUCCCUCUCUCUCUCUCCCAACCUCUGUCAUGGAUAUCCUAUAAUGAUGCACCCGCUCUAGGUGUACGGAACAAGCUGCAAGUGUUUUCUUCAGCUCUGAGCCAAUUUCUUGUAUUGCCCCUAGCUGAUUAACGUUAGAUGCCCAGUAGAGCGUUACUCUGUGACUUGAAUGGGUACUUCAGCCAUGCUAGUACCAUGUAAGUUAGUUACUCCAGCUAGUGCUCGGGCAUGCUGCAGGUCUGUAGCACCUGGCCAGGCCAUGGGCGGUCCUUAUUUUGAAGAAAAAAAGUUGACCUGCGCAAUUCGUGCAAGACCGUUUUUUGUAUGGUUAUUUGAACUUUUUAAAACAUUAGACUUAUUUCCAUGACCCGGUGAAGUAUCUUAUUUGACUGGACCAUCUGAAAUCCCCGGUGCUGCGGCCAUGUGCGGGUAGUGUCCAUCAGUGUGCAAUUUGCUGAUACGGUGCGCGAUGACAGUGACAUACUCUUGGUCCUUGAUGCAGACCCCUUCCGUACUCCUCUGUGAUUCCUGGUCAUGAUUUCAGUCGCUUGCAUUAUCCUGCCAUCACUGAACUCGAGAUCGCCUUUUAAAAUUCCUUCCGAAGAAGGCUUGGUGCUCCUCAUCAAGCCACUUUCCUCUUUCCUCACUUGUCGUCAUUGUGAUAUUUGUUUUCCUUCUAUUUCCUGAAAUUGCGGCUGAUUGCAAAGUGCCUGGUUUCUCAGCUGAGAAGCACUUUACCAGAAGCUAUACGUGAUAAAAGUUAUCGAAAUGAAUUAAAAAAAGGCCAACAGG